CAGCAGCAGCAGCGUAUGUAAAUUCACCGCCAGAAGCGCCUCCCUCCUGCUGCAGCUCCGAUCCCAGCGUCUGGAGUUGAUAAAGCAGCGUGGGGACUCCGUGGAGCCGUCAGUCCGCUGUGAUCGUGGACAGCAGGGGCAGGAAAGCGUCCACUGAACCCGCUUCCAAGGUGUUUCCCUCGGAGCAAAGUGCAAGGUCCUCAGUCAGAGCCCAGAUAUGAGCUGUGAGGAACUUUAGCUGCCGUCGAUCGCCUUUUUCCCCUUACCGCAGUUAACUUACAUGUGCCUUUUUUUUAAAAAGUAUUUUUUAAGUUAUUAAUUUAAGUUAGGCAUCAACGAUGUCGUGCCUUUUCUUAGGAGUCAUACGAAGGCAGGGAGGUGUUGGGGUCAGUGUCGGGGUCCGGUCCCUGACCUCCAUCCCUUCGCUACCACCGGCCGUGGCCGAUUUUGUGAAGGGGGCGGUGGACGAGUGCAAGCCCGCCAACGUCCACGUGGUGACUGGUACCCCCGAGGAAACAGCCAACAUCCUGGCCGGCCUGGAAAGGGACGGCAUGGUCAAGAAGCUUCCCAAAUAUGAGAACUGCUGGCUGGCCCGCACAGACCCAAAGGAUGUGGCCCGGGUGGAGAGCAAGACUGUCAUUGUAACCAAGAACCAGAGAGACACCAUCCCCAUCCCCGCUGGAGGGGUGAAGAGCCAGCUGGGUAGCUGGAUGAGCGAGUCGGACUGGCAGAAAGCCAGACAAGACCGUUUCCCCGGCUGCAUGACGGGUCGGACCAUGUACGUGAUCCCCUUCAGCAUGGGACCGGUCGGCUCAACGCUAAGUAAAUAUGGCGUCCAGGUGACAGACUCGCCGUACGUCGUGGCCAGCAUGGGGAUCAUGACACGCAUGGGCACUCCUGUUCUGCAGAAACUGUCCGAAGGAGCGGAGUUCGUCCGCUGUCAGCACUCUCUAGGACGACCUUUCCCACUCAAAGCUCCCCUGGUCAAUUCCUGGCCCUGCAACCCAGAAAAAGUCCUAAUAUCUCACCUGCCAGACACGAGGCAGAUUUUGUCCUUCGGCAGCGGUUAUGGAGGAAACUCUCUCCUUGGGAAGAAGUGCUUUGCCCUCCGCAUCGCCUCCCGCAUCGCCAAGGACGAGGGCUGGCUGGCGGAGCACAUGUUGAUCCUUGGCAUCACCAGCCCUCAGGGGGUGAAGCGUUACGUGGCAGCGGCCUUCCCCAGUGCCUGCGGUAAAACCAACCUGGCCAUGAUGAAGCCCGCUAUCCCAGGCUGGAAGGUGGAGUGCGUAGGGGACGACAUUGCAUGGAUGAAGUUCGACAGUCAGGGCAAACUCAGGGCCAUCAACCCAGAGAACGGCUUCUUCGGAGUCGCCCCGGGCACUUCGGACAAGACCAACCCUUACGCCAUGGCCACCAUCUCCAAAAACACGGUGUUCACCAACGUCGGCGAGACGAGCGACGGAGGAGUGUGGUGGGAGGGGCUCGACCCCCCCGCAGCCGGAGUUACCCUCACCGACUGGCACGGAAAAACGUGGAAGCCAGGAAGCUCCACACCGUGUGCCCACCCUAACUCACGCUUCUGUGCCCCGGCGGCUCAGUGCCCCAUCAUUGACCCCCAGUGGGAGAGCGAGGAAGGGGUUCCCAUCGAUGCCAUCAUCUUUGGAGGCAGAAGGCCUGAAGGAGUCCCUCUGGUCUACGAGUCUUUCAACUGGCAACAUGGAGUGUUUGUUGGAGCUGCCAUGAGAUCGGAGGCCACAGCAGCUGCAGAACAUAAAGGAAAGGUGAUCAUGCACGACCCCUUCGCCAUGCGUCCGUUCUUUGGCUACAACUUUGGCGACUACCUCGCUCACUGGCUGAGCAUGCAGAGCAGGAAGGCGCCCACCAAGCUGCCAAAGAUCUUCCACGUCAACUGGUUCCGGAAGGACCCCGCGAGCGGCGCCUUCCUCUGGCCCGGCUUCGGAGAAAACGCCCGCGUGCUGGAGUGGAUCUUCAAGCGCUGCGGCAGAGAGAGGGAGGACGAGGCGGCCAAGAAGAGCUACAUCGGCUGGCUGCCGGAGGCCGGCGCCAUCGACACCAAAGGUUUGGGCGGUAAGGUGGAUAUGGGCGCCCUGUUCGACGUGCCCAAACCUUUCUGGCAGCAGGAGACCAAGGAGCUGAGGGCGUACUUCACCCAGCAGGUCGGAGCUGACCUGCCCGCGCAGGUGGAGGCCGAGCUGAAGGCGCUGGAGGACAGGGUCCACAGUUAGACGCUUUUAAAGAGCCAGGGACAGGAAGCUAAUCCAGGAGAAGGGAGGCAUUCAGGGAACACGACACAUCAGGGUCAGUCGGAGCCACCGGCUGGGUUUACGUACACAGAGAAGUCUGGACCGUGCUAACAGGAAAAAUCAAAAAAAGUGUUUUCCUGUGUGGCAUGAAGACAUGUCUCUGUGGGUCUGUGAACACAGCCAGUGGGUUUUACUGUGCUCAUAAAUACAAUAUCUACGUUAGACACUAUUAACGCUGCGACACUACAGGAACCGGAGCUCAGUUAUUGCUAACAACGAGGUUUGACUCUGACCAUGAAGGGUCAUUUCUGAGAGGGACUCUACUAUCACUGCCUCCAUCCACACACACAGUGACUGCACGCAUGUUGCUGAUCAUGAAGUGCCUUAUAGAGUUUACAGGCUUUUUGUAAGAAGGUCUUUACUCAUUUGAAGCUUUAAAAUAAAGGAGACGCUAAUAUCAGUGUCACGGAAUGCCUUACAUUAGAUUAAGCUCAACGUGAUAAAAGAGGUCCGUUAACUCGUUACUACAGCUGUAUUUUCAGGGCUCAGGAUUUCCAGACAUUAUUCACUCAGCCACUUGUGUAAUAAUCGUGAUUAAACAGUAGGAUUUCAGCUGAUGUUUACACUCAGAUCAUGAAAAGUUGGACCAAUAAAUGCCUCGGAGAUUAUCAGGUGUUUUUGAACAGACAGUGCAAUGAAUAAAAAAAAACUUCAUAUGUGACUUGUUCAUUUUUACAAUGACUUGAGAAAUAAAUGGUGCCUUGUGAAAUGAU